GCUUGAUCUAGAGCACAUUUUGUGUAGUGUUAGGGUGUGGCACAUAAAUUUUGGAGUGAGAAAAGGAAAGCAAAAUGAGCAAUAGCACCUAUCCACCUCUGCCUAGCAACCUCCUACCGGAUCCUGCUAAUCCGGACUGGAUGAACAAAGCUGACAACGCGUGGCAGCUGACAGCCGCGACGCUGGUUGGCCUCCAGAGUGUCCCGGGGCUCAUAAUCCUAUACGGUGGUGCAGUGAAGAAGAAAUGGGCUGUGAAUUCAGCUUUCAUGGCACUCUAUGCAUUUGCUUGUGUUCUUGUUUGUUGGGUUGGGUGGGGAUAUCAUAUGUCAUUUGGGGAAACUCUGAUUAAGGCAGUUCCAUUUUGGGGGAGAGCUGAUGUGGCAUUGAACCAAAAUUAUCUACUGGAGCAGGCAUUUAGUGGGAAGUUCCCAAAUGCUACAAUGGUGUAUUUCCAAUUUGUGUUUGCAGCAAUUACUUUGAUUUUGAUUGCUGGGGCCCUCUUGGGUAGGAUGAACUUUUAUGCUUGGAUGCUGUUUGUGCCUUUGUGGUUGACCUUUUCGUACACCAUUGGAGCAUUUAGUAUCUGGAGUCCUAACGGUUUCCUCUUCAAGAAAGGACUGAUAGAUUAUUCUGGUGGGUUUGUGAUCCAUUUGUCUUCUGGAGUUGCUGGUUUCACAGCAGCCUAUUGGGUUGGUCCUCGUUCCAACAAGGACAGGGAAAGAUUCCCUCCCAACAACAUUCUUCUUAUGUUGACUGGUGCAGGACUGCUCUGGAUGGGCUGGACAGGGUUCAAUGGAGGAGACCCUUAUGUAGUCAGUGUUGAUGCUUCCUUGGCUGUCUUGAAUACUCAUGUAUGCACUGCUACCAGUUUGCUCACUUGGCUCAUGCUUGACCUCAUUUUUUUCCGCAAGCCUUCGGUCAUCGGGGCAGUUCAAGGCAUGAUCACUGGUUUGGUUUGCAUCACCCCAGCUGCUGGAGUUGUGCAAGGAUGGGCAGCCAUACUAAUGGGGCUAUUUUCUGGCUCAAUUCCUUGGUUCACCAUGAUGGUUGUCCACAAGAAAUCUGCGCUCCUUCAAAAAGUUGAUGACACAAUGGCUGUUCUGCACACUCAUGCCAUCGCCGGCGCCCUUGGUGGAAUCCUCACCGGUCUCUUUGCCCAUCCAAGGCUCUGCUUCCUGUUCACUACCUCAUAUGGACAGUAUGUUGGCCUAUUCUAUGGUUUUAAAAUGGGAGUUGUCCAUACCGGGUUUCGUCAACUGGGAAUUCAACUUCUUGGGAUAUUUUACGUUGUCAUACUAAAUGUUCUAGUUACCAGCCUUAUAUGUGUUUUGAUCCAAUUCAUCGUGCCUCUAAGAAUGUCCGAUGCGGAUAUGGAGAUCGGUGAUGAAGCAGCUCAUGGGGAAGAAGCUUAUGCCAUCUGGGGUCAAGGUGAAAAGCUUGAAAAUUCUAGGUAUGGAUAUGAUAUUGAGUCAUCAGCCAAAAGUAGACAUGCUGCUGGCCAAAUUGAGAUGGCCUAA